GGGGUACAUUUGUAACUCGGUGUAUUCAAUGUAGCAAUCGAAAAGGCAGGCAUUGCUGGGGCCCGUGCGAGUACCCAUGACUAUACAUUUGACGGGAAGAAAGUGAGAGGAAUCAAAAGAAAUUUGAAAAAGUGCAGCCAGGUGAAGGAGAAUGUUAGUUGAGGGGAACUGUUUGGGUCUCUGUUCUAGGAAGAAAUGGUGGACCUGGAGGCAUUCCGGAUGGGGAAUGGAUGUAUUAAGGGUGAAGUCUGAAGAAAGGUUUCGGUCCGAAACGUUGCCUAUUUCCUUCAAUCCAUAGAUGCUGCUGCACCCGCUGAGUUUUUGUGUACAAGGGACUGGACAUCCAUGGUAAAGAUGAAGUGAUGGGGGGGCCAAAGAAUUGGAAGUUUUUGAAGUGGUGAAGAGCUUGUGAGGUGUCUCGGAUGUAGGUUUGGGGAGCACAAGGGCGGGAGAGAUUUAUAGGUCUCUCAUCCAAGGUGUUAGCUGAUGGAAUUGGAUUCAUCCUGUGGCUGCAGGAAGACCUGACAUGCCUGGAGUCUGGCUGUGCAUUCAAACAUUCAGCAGAGAUUAGUUUAAUUUCUCGUUAUGUUUGGCAUGGACACGAUGGUCUGAAGGGCCAGUUCCUAUGCUACACUGUUCUCUGUAUCUAGGUGACAAACUGAUUACAUAAAUCACACAAGGUUUACGUGUGAGAGGUGUAAAGUCAGAGUGACGCCCUGCAACUACCAACUGUCCUGUGAGCAAGCAGGCAGGCAAGCUGACGGCCGUUUAUUGACUGCUGAUUGCAGCUCUGCAUAAAUUUCUGGCGCUGUAUUUAAAUGCAGAGUGGUUGAUUGAUGACCCUGAGAAUCGCAAGCUGCUGUUAGGAGCCAGACACAGGAUAGCUCGUCCUGCGACGUUGUAUGCUAUCCUGCAAGCUAGCUGUGAUCUCCCAGCUUGCGGACGGAAUAGAUUAGAGACCAGAUUCUGCAGUAAACUGCAGUGUGCUUGCAGUGCUGGGGAAAUGGAGGCAUGGACAUUCGUGAAGGAGAGCCUCGGCUGUGCUGCAGGACUGACUCUAGCUGGGGAAGAGGAGCAGCAGCCGAACGCUAUCUGAGGAAGGCUGUGGGGGCAACAUCCACUGAAGCUGCAUGGCAGUCAAGUGUCUGCGAUUGGUUAUGAAACGCAUCUGUCUCUGUGCUGCCUCUCUGUCAAGCCAGGACUGGAGUAAAUAUGAUGAGAAACUACUACAGGCCGUGGCGGCCUGCGAUGCAGAGAAAGUGGCCUCGCUCCUCAAUAAAAGGACCCUGCUCACGACAAAGCUCGACAUUGAGGGACAGUCAGCAUAUCACCUGGCUGCAAUAAAGGGUCAUGUGGAUUGUCUGGAAGUUUUCUUGGCCCAUGGAGUGGAUGUCACUGCACUGGAUGGCUCAGGAAUGAAUGCUUUACAUUUGGCAACAAAACACGGGCACCAUCAGUGUGUGAAGAGACUUCUACAGGAAAAAUGCCCAGUAAAUGCAGUUGACUGUAUGGGCAGGAUUGCACUACAUUAUGCAGCUCUAAGUGGAAAUUUUUCCUGUGUUCAGACCCUGUGUGAUUUCAAGGGCCCUAUAAAUGUUUAUGAUGAUGAUGGCUGCACUCCAUUGGUGCUGGCUGCACAGAUGAGCAACUACGAGAUGUGCAGAUGUCUGAUAAUGAGAGGUGGAGAUGUCAACAGCAGGGACAAGCAGGGAAGAACAGCUUUGAUGCUAGCCUGCGAAAACAACAGUGUGGAGACGGUCAAUGUUCUUGUCAGGAGUGGAGCUAAUGUCAGCCUAGUGGAUGCGUUGGGUCAUGAUGCUGUACACUACAGUAUGGUGACUGGAAAUCCAGAAAUCCUGCAACUCCUUCAUGCUGCACUUCACAGGAACUACUGGAAUAAUGCCGAACCGGAAUUGAGGAGGAGGCAACAUCAGGUUUUAGCAAAAGAGAAAACUACAAGUCCCCGAAAGAGGCAAGCCCCCUUGCCACCAAGCACCCCGUCUACUCAGAGCCCUACGGAAUCCUGUGAAUUUCUCUCCACUGGUGAAUCAACGAGCCCAUCCUAUUCUUCCACGGAAACACUCACACCAAAGAAUGACCAGAAGUUAAGUGAGGAGGUAUUCCAGCUUCAAGAAGAGCGGCAGGACCUGCUACAAACAAUUAGCAACCUGGAGCAGCUGGUGGACAAGUGCCAGCGGGAGAAGGUGCUGAUUGCGAAAGACAGUGGAGUUCAUCAACUUGAGAAUCAGGUACAGGAGCUCACAAACAAGCUAUCUGAGAAAGAGCAACAACGUCAAGACGUUACCAAGCAGGUUGAAAUUCUGCACGGCAAACUUUCUUUGCAUGAGGGCAAACAUCAUGAGAAUGACUUAACGGAUGAGGAUGAAAUGCUCUCCAGUUUUACAGGAACUGAGAAUCUAUUUUCAGAAAGUAGUCUUGACCAUCCCAGUGAGGAAUGGGUUGCAACUCUGCAGAGCCAAGUAGAGAGUCUCACAACAGAAAAUCAGGAGCUGCAAAUAAAACUCCAGGAGUUGGAACAUUUGGAGAAAGGAGCAAAUGAGAGGGAUUCUUCAGAAAGCCUUGAUUUUAUUCCAGUACUUCUCUAUGAUUCAUUACGAGCAGACUUUGAGAAGUUGAAGGAACGGUACGAAGGGCCGCAGGUUAAAAUUUUAGAGAGAGUUAAUUCAGCAACCUCUGGAAGGUUAGUCCCAGUGGAAGCAUAUGAGCAAUUAAAAAUGGAACAUGAGGAAGAAGUUCAGAGACUGCAAGACAUUCUUGAAGAGUUCAAGGCCAAAAUAGAUGCAAAGGCAGAGGGUUCAUCCAAAUCUCUGACCUCAGAAUUGAAAGACAUGGCAGAAAUUGGAAGCCACGAUAUUCAAGAUCUCAAAAGAAAAUUGAAAGAAACUCAAGAUAAAUACGAGAUAGCAAUGACAGAGAUUCAUCAGCUCGAAGAGCGGAUGCAACUAGGAAUCCUUUCAAUGGUACGAAAUGAAGGUGCAAUGAACACAGACGGUGCAAAAUCUAUCCAUGGGCAUGAACUAGAGAAUGUUAAAAUAAAGCUUCUACAAGCACUUGAAGCAAAAGGACAGGAGGAAAAGAAAGUAAAAGUAUUGGAGGAAAAAUUGUGCGAAAUGGGGACGACUCUGUCUGACAGUGUUCCUUUGAAAGAAUAUGAUGAAAUGAAGAUUUCACUCAGUAUCUCACUUGAAGAAAUUUCUAAAGAGAAUUCCUCGCUGACAGAAAAAUAUAACAAAGCAGAAGAUGAACUCGAGGAGCUGCGGAGAAGCCAUUUUGGGAAGACCACUGAAGAUGACACAAAAUCAUCCAGAGACGUUGAAGAGCAGCUCGAAGGCCUGAAGAAAGCCCAGGUAGAAUUGCAAGAAAAGUGCAGAGACCUUCAAGCAGAAUACAAAAAUAAAGUUGAAGAACUCGGGUUAGUUCACUCCACACAUGUUCCAAAAGAAGAGUACGAUGAAGUGAAGGAGACGUUAAGUAGAUCACUCGGAGAAGCCCAGAAACGGUUCUCCGAUUUAGAAGCGAAACGCAGUGAUGUCCAGCAAGAAAUCGCAAGGUUGCAAAAUGAGCUAGAUCACCAAAGGAAGAAUUCAGUGUCAAAGAGUGAACACGAGAAGACAAAGGAAUCACUUGAGAAAUCCCUCCAUAGUGCAAAUAAGCUGAAAGAGCAACUGGCAUUAAAGGAUAAAGAGAUGUCCCAACAGCAGGAGGAACUGCAGCUAAUUAAAGGACAAACCAUUCAAAAAGAAGAGCAUGAGAAGGUCAUGUGCUCCCUGAAGGCCGAGGUAAAUUCUUUGGUAAUUAAAUUAAAUGAUCUGACCAAGAAGCAUGAGAAGACCUGCACGGAGGUGUUCCAGGUGCAGAGACAAGCACUCUUCAUGAAGAGUGAGAAACACGCGGCGGAGGAGCAGGUAGCUGCAGUGAAUAAACAACUCCAUGACUUAAAAUCUGAGUCAACGAAGAUCAUCAAAUUGCAUAAACUCAUCGAGGACUCUGCUGCCAUUGUUAAAGAAAAGGAUAAGAAGAUAAUAGAACUUUCGAAAGAGGUGUCCAAAUUGAAGGAGGCUUUGAACAGCCUGUCGGAACGGGCCAGCGCUGCUGUGCUACCUCCCAAACCAGUCUCCACAUACAACCAACAGCAUGCUGAAUCCUUGCAGAGGCAGAUCAAACUGCUGCAGCAGCAGCUGGCACAGGUGGAGGGUGACCAUAGAGCUAUUGUAACCAUUUACAGAUCACAUCUCCUUUAUGCUGUUCAGGGCCGAAUGGAUGAAGAUGUUCAAAACGUAUUACUUCAGAUUUUAAAAAUGCACAAAUAUCAUGAGCAAGUCCUGUGAUGCUUUUUAAGACGUCUCAGUAUUUUAUUGAUAAUGAGCUGUUUAUUGCUCACAAUGACACAGUUAAAACUAUUUAGUACAUUUUAUCUUCUAAUUUUUCAAGUUAAGGACACAGCAAUUUAAAGGGAAAUAGGGAAAGAGGAUCUGUGGCAUGGAGCCUAUCUUCUUGAAUGGCCAACAUGGGAAAUUGAAACCAGUGUGUUGGGUGAGUUGGCCCAUGCUGAUGUAUAAUAAUAUGGGUGAUGUAGGCCCAUACUGAGAGUAUAAUAAUAUGGAGCCCAAAACAAUAAAGUGGAAAUACUUCAUGCUAAUCAAUUAAUGGUACUCUUUUUUUUCCCUUCCACAUCCAAACACUAAAGGCGAAAAUAUCCUUGAGGUAGCAAGCUGGUGUCCAUUGGACAAUAAUAUUAGGCCGGUUAAGGUAUAUUUAGUCAAGACACACAAUAGACAUUGGAGAAUUUCAAUGGGAGAAUGAAACUGGGUUUCAUUUAAAAAAAAGAAUUGUCCCCAGUGUGUGUAGUACAGUGUUAAUGUGCGGGGAUCGCUGGUCGGUAAGGACUCUGUGGGCCGAAGGGCCUGCUUCCGUGCUGUAUCUCCAGACUAAACUGAAUUAAAUGAAGGUGGAAAAGGCAAGCGUUGAAUUGCAUAGUUCAUUCCAGAUCCAAAUUAACAGAUUUGCUCCAACUGCUACAAACAUUGUCUACACUCUGCACAAUUCUCCUCCACUUCCUCCUGACCCAUCUAUUUUUUAUUCCAUUCUUGUAUCUUCCAUUAAAAUGCCAUUUGCAUUAGCCCCCAAGAGUAGUGAGUUCCAUGGAUCAUUCGUUUUCUGGGUGAAGAAGUUUCUGCUGAAUGUCUUACAGAAUUAUUGCUGGUUCUUUUAUUUAUCGUCCUCAGGACUGGUAAUCCUUACAAGUGGAAGCACCUUUUGAAUGCCAUCAAACAGAAGGCCAGGUCUCAAUUCCUGCUCCUUCUAUUACUCCUGCCUCGCCUCCUAUUCCAUACAUAAACAUUGUGAAAGUGAGGCUCCUGUGAGCUCCAGGAACUGGAAAAUCCUUGAUGAUGAUUAUCUUUGUGUCUUCCAGACCCUCAGGUUAUCACAGAUUGUUGUUCUCAGUAUCCAGGCUCAUCCCUUGCUCUCUCAUCCUGACCCAAGUGCAUUGCUAACUCACAUCUGACACCUUUUAGGCCCUGCCUGCUUUAGCUUUCAGGUGAAAUAUGUAAAACAUCAAAAUAGCAACUGCAAACUCAGUUUAUUGCUCCUUGUGAAAUUUUGUGAUGCGUCACAUGGUUGUUGUCUUUUCUACAACUUUAAUGAUGGCUUUUCGAGUGAUUGACUUUAUGAACAGCGUUCUGAGGGAUGUUACGAGUCUUGUGUAUAAAAGUAAAUAUGUUUAGAAAACACUUUCCAAGCCAAACAUAUAAUAGCCAUGAACAUGCCAUUUUAUCUUCCAGUUGUGCUCAUGCAUAAUGCCAGGAGCGCAAAUGUUGCUUGGAUGUGUCAAGAGUAAAGAGACAAAAGUGCUUAUUUGUUAUAAGCAGCAGCUAUGAAC